CAUGGCAGAGUUAAUUAUAACACUACACUGACACAAGGGACUUGGCUUCUCAUUUAAAAGGGCCUGCUGUCUUAUAUCGCAAAACAGCAGACGACCUUACAUACAUAUUUUAUCGUCAUUUUUCAAGUUUAAACACUUCAACUAACAAUUAUUCUCAUGAUCAAUUACUGUGCCUCGUAUUGUCAAAGUAACUUGAUUAAACGUUUUAAAAUGUUAAAUUCCUUUUUCUCAAAGUCCAUGGUAAUGUCUUUCAAAAUGUGUUUUGUCAUUACAACAUUACAAAAGCCAAAGAUAUUCUGUUUAACAAGAUGCUAAUAAGACGAAAAGCUGGGAAUGUCUAUUUUUGAGACAAAAAAACAAACACAUUUCUGCAUGAAAAACUACUCUUGACAACACUAAACUAUUGGAAUCCAUUCAAGACACACGUUGAUUUAUUAUAUUAUACCUAGGUGUAUUUAGUGAGAAGGCCUAUAGUCAAUUUCAAUGAUAUAUUGCACAACUAUAAACGUUGGACUUCGAUGAGGAAAUAAGGUGGUAAUAGCAGUACUGCAUAUUUCAUCAUUUAGAGGAACCAGUAUUUUUUUAUGUCUGACUGAAACCAUGUAUCUCUAAAAAUUAGUUGAAAUUAAACAUUUAGGUAGGUAGGCAGAAACACUUGUCAUUAUUAUUCCCUAUAUAAUAAAACAUCUAUAGUUUACUCCAUAUUUAGGAGGAAACGUAGAUUUCAGACACAAUUGAAAAUGUAAACUCUGUUUAGCUUAGAAAAUGUUUUCUUCCUGUGUAUAUUUUACUGUCACUCUUAUUUUUUUUACAGGUGUACAUGGUGAUCGUUUAACGGUGCUGCAGUCUCCAGACUUUGUGUCCUUCCAGAAAGGAGACUGGCCUGUCUCUGGAGAGAAGAUCCCUGACCUGGUGGCUUUAACCAUGGGCUUCUCUGUUCAAGAGGAUCUGGCCUGGCCUGGCCUUAAGGCUGGUCCGUUGUUCCAGCGUCCCCGGGCUAACGUCUUGGUGGUGGUGAGAGGAGUCGGUAGCCUGGACAUGCCUAAGAGUGUGGCCUCCUACCCCUUAGAGAACCCGGUUCCCUUCACCUUGGACAGUGUUGCAGAGACAGUGCACUCUCUGUUUGCAGAGGACACCCCUGUAGUGCUGCAGCUGGCCCCCAGUGAGGAGAGGUUGUAUAUGCUGGGCAAAGCCAAUGCUGUGUUCGAGGACCUGCCAGUGACCCUGCAGCAGAUCCGUGCCCGUCUUUCCCAGGACGGCUCUGUGCUGGCCUCCCUGCCGCUCAACUCCCUCAGCCGAAAUGCAGAGGCUGAUUUGCUCUUCCUGUCUGAAGUCCAAGUCCUGCACGAUAUCACUGCUCUGCUGCAGAGACACAGACACUUGGCAAAGGACCACUCUCCUGACCUGUACUCUCUGGAGCUGUCCGGCCUGGAGGAGCUCAGCAGGGUCUACGGCCAGGACUCUUCUCAGUACCGUGACGCCACCGCCAUCCUCGGCGCUGUUCUGCAGAAAUUUGGAGAGGAUGUGUAUAGUCUCUAUGGCAACAGCACUGUGGUGGAGGUGGUUACAGUGAAGACCUUUGAGGCUCCUUUGACCAGGAAGUCCCGUUCAAUCCUGGAAUCCAAACAGAUUAGCAACCCCGGCAGCCCUUACAACCUGGCCUACAAGUACAACUUCCAGUAUGCUGUGGUCUUCAACAUUGUGCUGUGGCUGAUGAUCGCUCUGGCUCUCGCCGUCAUCGUCACUGCUUACAACCUGUGGAACAUGGACCCAGGAUAUGACAGCAUCAUCUACAGGAUGACCAACCAGAAGAUCAGGAUGGAUUAAGUCCUGAGCAUCAGCACUCCUUCUGUCCUCUUAAAUCCCUCCAGUGAAUGUUUGUCUUUUUGUGAGGUCUCAUUUAGUGAAAAGAAACGUGACAGCUUGAUGGGAGGAACGGCGUAAUAUGGGGUCACCUCUUCGUUCUUACAUUUGCCUACAUAAAUAAAUCCUCCUACACUGGUGUAUACACUGAAAAAAUGCACCUUUCCUCCCUUCAACCUCAGCUCAUAUCAUUCCUUCUUUGACCCCUCACUAACUAUGUUUUGUUUGUUUCCCUGGUGAUUGCAACUUUAUUUUUUAUUGUAAAAAAAUAGUGUAAUGAAAUGAAAGAAUGUGUCUGUGUGAACUUGUUGUGGUUGUUUUGCUGUGUAAAGCUGUUUUAAGUUAAAUGAAAUCUAUGUGUAUAUAUUGAAGAUACAAAGGAAACCGUAUGAGAAUCUGUUGUACUCUUAUUGUGAAAAAGAUUUGCGCAGUGUUUAUUCCAGGUAGGUUUCACCCUGCUUUACAUGAAUAGUUAAUUAUGAUGGUUGUUAGGAUUGGCCAAGAAUAAUUUAAGCUCUGUCAAUUGCAAUAAAAUGCCUGACAAUAAAUUAUUACAUGGAU